UGCGCAGUUACGAAGGCUUAUCUUCACAAUAGUCAUAUUGCGUAAUGCUUGUAUCUUUCGGAGUACAAGCCACGGUCGAUAUCUACUAGACCGCUAACGCUCCCUCGCAUAGGGUUAUACUGAUACAAGCCUGCGAUUACAUAAGUACACGGAAAUUAAUAGGGCUUCACUACCGAACACAGCCUGAGACGAACCAUGGGCGGCCUGAACGAACAACCGAUAUACCUGCAAAUCCUGGGGCACAGGGUAAUCGUGUGGUAUUUGUAGGCCUUCAUGGGGACUGGUAUUCUCUCGAUGCGGAGCUAUGCGGUCAGUCAACUCUGUACCGGCCCAUCCGACAUUUGCAGAAUGCAUCAUCAACGGCAGCACAGUUACCAGCGGCCUUUGAGCGCCGCCCCGGGCGCUUCCUUGUCAUCCGGCCUACCUACCUUUAUCUCCUUACGGUGGUUGCAGCUACUUCUACUCUUACCUUUGCUACUGCCGCCACACUCAUCCGGCGUAAAUGCCGACUUAACCCGGUACAUUGGCAACACGACAUAUCCUGUGGACGAGCAGCUUUCGUACUGCGACACCUUGGGCGAAUACUACGACGGAAUACCCCAGGACCUUAGACAUUGGAACAACAGCGAUGGCAUUACCCGUGAAGCCCUAGACCUCGCAUCCGCGCGCUACACAACGCAUGGUGCUCAAAAGGGCGUCACGCUCGCCUUUUAUGGCGGCGUGGCUUACGUAUUAGAAGAACCCAAACUUACCGGUUUGGGACAUCACAUCAACAUCCUCUUCACGUACAUGUUAGUCAUGCUGGACCUCCAACGACAAUACGGCCAGCAGAUUCCGGAUAUGGAGUUUGUCAUCGCGAGUUCGGAUCGUCCGUUAGUUCUUAUAUCAACGGCCGCGAAGGAGUACGGCAAAGGGCUUAUACCGCCCGUGAUGCGCUUCUGCUCCUCAGAUGAGCACGCGGACAUCAAAAUACCGAUCUUCCACUUCUACACCAAGAAGUACACGCAGGCCUACCUGCAGCCCGGCGCGCAGUGGGCGGCUGAGCACCCCUGGAGCAGCAGGAAGCCGGUGGUGUUUGGGCGCUUCUCGCGCUACCUGCGCCACGUGCACCCCCUGGCAGCCAGCACGCUGAGGCGGGGGGCGCACAACAAGACCAUUUGCAAGCAGGAGACAUCCGCCACGCUGAGCUGCCCGGUUCGCUCGCACUUCAUGGAGUGGGCGGCGCGGUACCACCCGGAGGCCAUGGACGUCAAGUCGGGGCCGCGGGUGUCGUACUCCAAGCAUGCGGAGUUCAAGUACCUGCUGCAUCUGGACGGCCAGGCUCUGAGCUCCCGCCUUGAGCAGCUGUUGCCGCUGCGGUCGCUGGUGCUGAAGGAGGAGUCGGG